CAGACCAUUUUUUCACCGCAAUCGCCAAGCUCUUUUUUUCUUUUCUUUUUUGGGGACAGGUUUAUUUUCAGCCCUCCCCUUUCGCCCGCUCAUAAACGCCUCCUUCGAGAUUGCAGCUGGGCAGGACUCCAAAAGCGCAGGGAGGCAGGAGCUGAAAGUUAGCCGCGAGUUGCACAACUUCCACGCUGGGCGCCUAUUAGAAAGCACGAGCAGCGCCGGCUCCGGCAACCGCGGGGAGACGGGGACUUAUUCCAGCCUGGCCGGUUUGAAGGUUGUUGAUGUUUAGCUUCAGUCCGGGGACUCACCAUGGCUCCCUUUGGAAGGAAUCUCUUAAAGACCCGGCACAAAACUAGAUCUCCAGUGAAAGACAUGGGUACUGGUGAACGAGAAAUCACAGUCUGGGUCUGCCAGGAAGAGAAAAUUGUCAGUGGAUUGACAAAGCGCACAACUUGCACUGAUGUAAUUGAAGCUUUGCUUGAAGAGCACCAAACCUCUUUUUCAGAAAAGAGGUUUCUCUUUGGACAACCCAAGGACUACUGCAUAAUAGAGAAAUGGAGAGGUUCAGAACGGGUCCUUCCACCUCUGACAAAAAUGCUGAGACUUUGGAAAGCCUGGGGGGAAGAACAAACUAAUUUGCAGUUUGUGCUGGUGAAGUCAGAUGCCUUCCUUCCCUUUCCACUGUGGAGGACAGCUGAAGCUAAGAUGAUACCCAGUCUGGAAAGACAAUGGGACCUUAGUCCAGCAAAUUACAUGAAGAUGUUGCCAAUGGACAAACAAAAGAGGAUUGUCAGAAAAACUUUCCGAAAACUGGCAAAACUUAAACAGGAAGGAGUUCUGCAAGAGAGGGAUAACAUUGAAACACUCAUACACUUGAUCCUGUCUCAAGAUCACACAAUUCACCAGCAAAUCAACAGAAUACAGGAACUAGAUUUAGAAAUUGAAAAGUGUGAAACCAAAUGCCACCUCCACUGGGUUGAAAGUGAGGGAGAAAACUACGUUCAGAAAUCUUACUUAAUGGCUUCUAAUAAUCCUGAAAAGCAAAUGGAUUUGCCUCACAGCCAUCAGCAGGGGCAGGAAAGUCUAUGUAAAAGUGAAGGGAUAUUACAGGUGGAAGAAGGACUGAAACAUCACAAGUUUUUGAUUGAAAAACUCUCUGUUGAAAUUGAACAGGAGCUUCAGGGGACUAAAACAAAUGGAGAUGUGUGGCCAGAGGAAGCCUUUAAGGGUGAAAUGGAAAAUUUAGAUUUAGACAGUGUCAAGAGUGAACUGGAUAACAGCAUGCAAGAUGCUUUAAGGAUCCAUUCUCAACUGAACUGUGUACAGCAGGAGCUAAAAUACAGAGACUUGAUGCUUCAAAACAAGGAAAAGGAAUAUCAACUUCUUGUGGAAGAGCUUAAUACACUGUAUGCUAAAGAGAAAAAUGAGUGCAGGUACCCAUCCAGUGAGGAACAAGAAAAUGGCAAUGAACUUACCACCAAGACAUUCACAGGGACAGACCUUCUUCUUAAGGUGACUAAUUUAGAUAUAAACGACACAGACUCUGAUACUGGAAUCAGUUCCACGCACAGUCAAGACUCAGAGACAGCAUUAGGGGAUGUAAUAUUGUUGGCAACAUAGUUCAAAAUGCUAAGAUAGAAAGAAACUGUAAUAUCCCUGGAGAAAAGGUGAUUGAUAAGGUAGCUUCUUCUAUUGGUCAUACUCCUGGUAGUGUCAUAACUUUGAGGUUAAAACAAUCUCCAUCCGACAAUGGGAAGUAGUAGCUAAUUCUCAGCUAUAAAGAGAAAAAGAUACAGACACGAAAUACUAAUAUGACUAAUUUAGCUUCUUCUGUCUUAUCAAAUUUCACAUUGAACAUUUUGUUUUUAAAUUAAGGUUAACCAAACCAGCUAUGAUGAACCAAAAUCUAAGCCCACAAAUCAUUAAAAGUGGCCACCCUAUUUUUUAAAUCCACAGUGGGUUCACUGAGAAAACUGCUUCUUUUAUUUUACAUACUCAUUUACAUGCAAAUACAAUGCAUUUUUACACUUUCAGGAAAGAUGUCCCCAUCAUUGUGUCAUCCAAAGAAUCGGUGUGGCUAUUAAAUUCAUACAACACAAGCUUUGAUGCCUGUGCAAAAUAAAUCUGUGUUAGGACACACUUUUCAGUGGAGUAUUUAUUUUUAUUUUAUUUUUAUUGGAUUUAUAUUCCAACCUUUCCCAGCCAAUGUCAGGCUGAGAGUGACAUACUAAGGUUAAAGUAUCAUAAUACAGAAUGUAAGUAGCUAUUCCUUUUUGAACCACGGAACAUAUAAAUGCUAAGGAGCUUGUUACCCUUCAAACCUCAUUUGGCAGUUACUAUAGCUCUGAGUUGUAGUAUAUUUCCAUUUUAACACUAUUUUCCUUUAACACUAUGAUGAUAAGGAACAGUUUCUCUGCAAAAUGUAUCAUAUCAUUGCUACAGCAUGAAGCAUUAUAACAAUCAGUGGGUGGAACAGUGCCUUAAGGCUGAAUAAGUAUAUAAUAGCUUUUUCAUAUGUCUAUCUCUUUUUGAUACCACAAACAAAAACAAUAUAUGCAUUGUAUUGUCGAAGGCUUUCAUGGCUGGAAUCACUAGAAUGUUGUGGGUUUUCCAGGUUCUAUGGUCGUGUUUCCAGUAGCAUUUCU